AGAUAAACACCUGUUCGUACAGAUCAUCCUGAGGCAGUGUGGACGGGAACUGCUUUGAUACAACAAACACUUGAACCAGCAAUCGAUCCAAGACAGUGUUUGUGGACCUAACAUGUCAGACUUGAAAAGCAAGAGAAAAGAAUAUCUGAGUGUGAAGGAUCUGCAGAAGGUUUUGGACUCAUGCAAACUACAUCUCAAUCAAGUUGAUGAGGUCUGGCCAAACAUAUAUAUAGGGAAUGUGGCAGUAGCCCAAAACAAGACUGCUUUGCAGAAAUUAGGUAUAACUCAUGUAUUAAACGCUGCUCACUCCAAGCGAGGCAGCAUAGGGAACCAAAGCUUUUAUGGCAACGGCUUUGUGUAUUGUGGCAUUCCAGCAGAUGACUCAACACACUUUGAUCUGGAUGUUUACUUCCAGCCUGCAGCUGAUUUCAUUCAUAAAGCUCUGAAGGCACCUGAUGGGAAGGUUCUGGUGCACUGCAUCAUGGGAAUGAGCCGAUCAUCGACCUUGGUGUUAGCGUACCUCAUGAUCUACCAUCACCUCACGCUCAAACGGGCUUUGCAGAAAUUGAUCGAGAAGAGAGCCAUCUACCCCAACAGGAAUUUCCUGGCUUUGCUGUUGGAUCUGGAUCUUCAGCUCACAAGAAAAAAGAAAACAUGUCAGAUACUGUAAUCAAGAGAAGUUUACACUUUUUUAGCCACAGAGCAGCGUUAUGUCUAGGGAUGGUGAUGCCAGUCAGUCAGUCACUGAAACAUUUCUAAUGGAUUGACAUGAAAUUUUGUUCAACUAAUGACUGAACAUCUGUGAGACUACCUUGAGAUUAACAGCAGGCUAAUAUAUCAUGUUUGCAUGUUAAACAUAAAAAUAAAAAGAAGAGUGGGAAAGCUGCACACAUUUAACUAUACAGUAUAACAACUCCGCCCUCCGCUUUUAAUUAGCAUGUUCAAUGUUGACGUGAUAACAUUAAUCUAGGCCUACUUAAUGUUGUUGUAAGGGGAAAAUAUGCACACUCAUAACUU